AUGGCGAACCUCCCUGGCGACUCGGCGGAGCUUCUCGGGCUGAUGGAGCUGCGCGAGUACCUCGAACUCCAGUUUGCCAAGCAAGCGCAGCUGCUGGCCGAGAUCCGGUCGGACAUGAAGUCCAUGUCGCUGGCUCCGCACGCCCCCUCUUUCAGCGAGUCACGGCCCACGGAGUCCACGCUUGGGUACUACCCACGGACGAGGUCCACCACCUUCUCCCUCUUUGGCCACUUUGAGGAGCAAGCCAAGGCCAACGCGGGGGCUCCUCUGAAGCCGGCAGCGGAGCUGGUUGAGUCGGUGGACUUCAACGAGACGUCCGAAUGCGAAUCGCACCACUCCUACCAUGGGCCCCUUCGGGGGCGCCUGGGGACGCAGGACAGCGCGGCGCGGCGCGUCUCGAUGGUCGACCCUGAGAUGAUCCGGCAGCACAUCGAGGCGCACGACCUCCGGAACCUGCGCCUCGUGCGCGCCAUGUCCUCCCUGGGUAGCGUGAGCCUGCGAACACGCGCACGCGAAGCUGUCCAGAGCGGCCCCUUCAACGCCCUUAUCCUCUUCCUGAUCGUCGUCAAUGCGAUCUUGCUGGGAGUGGAGAUCGACGUGAGCUCCCAGCUUGGCGAAGAUGAGAUACCCUCCUGGUUCAUGGUGGUGAACACGGCCAUCGUGGGCAUCUUCGUGCUCGAGAUCAUCCUGAAGCUCAUCGCCAUGGGCUGCCACGACUUCUGGCGGGGCCCGCAGGCCGGAUGGAACAUGUUCGAUGUCGUGAUCGUGGCACUGAGCACCGUGGAGGUGCUGAUCGACCUCUUCGCCACCACAGUGGCCUCGAACCUGUGGGGAGCCGACACCUGGUCCUUCAUGCGCACGCUUCGGCUGGCUCGGGCGCUCCGUGGGCUGCGCUUCUUCCGGAUGAUCCGGUAUUUCAGCGCUUUGAGGGCCCUGAUCCUUUCCAUCAUCAGCACCAUGAGCUCCCUCCUCUGGACCUUGGUGCUCCUCUUCAUCCUUUUCUACAGCUUCUCGGUGAUCAUCAUGCAGAUGGUCUCCGACUACUGCCGGUACCUUGCGGUGGUGAGCCGCAGUGACACCAACGCGACGCCCGAGUGCCCAGACGAGCUGCAUUUGCACUGGCCUUCGGUUCUCGAGAGCAUGCUGACGCUCCUCUACUGCAUCACGGAUGGCAUCUCCUGGGAGGUGGCGCUGAAUCCGCUGCGGCAGGUCUCCUUGCUGGCUGUGGGCGUCCUGAUCUUCUACAUCAUCAUCAGCGUGUUCACGAUCCUGAACGUGGUCACGGGCGUCUUCGUGAAUACGGCCAUCGAGCGCGCCAGCGCGGACAAGGACAUCGCGUCCCUGAAGGCCUUGCAGAGGCGGACGGAGCAGAUGAAGGAACUCCAGCAAGCUUUCGAGGAGAUCGACGAGGGCCAGACAAAUGAGGUCCGCAUGCAGGACAUCGAGAAGGCCGCCUCCCUGGACCGCCUCGGCGCCUGCAUGGAGGCCUUAGACAUCUCGGCAGAGGACGUGAAAACACUCUUCACACUCAUCGACACUGACAACAGCGGCGCUGUGGACUUGGAGGAGUUCGUGUCCGGGUGCAUGCAGCUCCACGGGCCGGCAAAGAGUUUGCAGAUUGCCAAGAUGAGCUAUGAGAACAAGCGCAUCAAGGAGGCGAUCCAGACGAUUGGCUACCAGGUUUUCGAGGUCAACCGAAAGCUGUCGUCCCUGCGGUCCUCGGGUGCUGCGGUCUCGUCCACUUCCCUACAUCAGCUUCGCGAGUAA